AAAACACAAACUAUGUUCUACAAAUACGACAAUUUAUAUCACACUGGAAUUACUAGAGUAACACAUUAUUUAGCGAUAGUGUCUUCAGUGCAGGGCCGCGGCGGCCAUUUUCUUGUAGGCUGUCAGGCACAACCCUGGUUUUCAUAUCAUAUAUCCACCAACUGCAUACGUGUUAUAAUGUGAGGCCGUUGCGGGCAGCGAGGCGGAGUUACAGGACUAACCAGUAGUAAAGACAUCUGUGGAACAUGUGACAUCCGAUGCCUGUGUGUCAGUCAAAUAUAUUACUCUGUGCCCCAUUACGCUGCUUUAUCCUCAUUCACUGAUACAUGAGAGACACACUGACCAGAAGAUCCUGGAACUCACCAACAAGAUCAUUCAGCUGCUGACUGGAGAGGAGGGGGAGUGUAUAGAAGGAAAGAGGGGUCUGUACAAAGGACGUGAUGAUGGAAAAUCACCGGCCCCUCACAUCACCAGAACUAUCUAAAGAUCCACCUGCUCAUAUUACAGAAGAAUUGGUGUCCUGUGAAGAGGAGAUUUUGCCGCAAAUUGACAGUUCUACAGCUACAGAUAGUACAUCUACUCAUAUUAAGGGGGAAUCAGUCUCCUGUGAUGGAGGAGACCUCUCAGGCACUGACAUUUGUACACCCCCAGAUCAUGCACAGUAUACAUCUACUGAUAUUAAGGAGGAAUCAGUCUCAUGUGAUGGAGAAGACCUCACACACACUGAUAAUUAUAAACCCACAGAUCAUACACAGAAUACAUCUACUCAUAUUAAGGAGGAACCGGCCUCAUGUGGUGGAGAAGACCUCACACAGACUGAUAAUUAUACAUCCCCAGAUCAUACACUGGGUACAUCUACUGAUAUUAAAGUGGUGCUGGUCUCAUGUGAUGGGGAAGACCUCGCAGACCCUGACAACUGUACACCCACAGAACAUACACAGUAUAGAGCUACUCAUAUUAAGGAGGAGUCAGUCCCAUGUGAUAGAGGAGACCUCACGCACACUGACAUGUAUACACCCCCAGAUCAUACACGGUUUACAUCUACUGAUAUUAAGGUGGUUCUGGUCUCAUGUGAUGGAGAAGACCACACAGAGACUGACAAUUAUUCUCCCACAGAUCAUACACAGUAUACAGCUCAUCAAAUUAGAGAAGGAUCAGUUUCAUGUGGAGAAGGACAACUGGCACACACUAACAUUUAUAUGCCCACAGAUUACGCACAAUAUACAAUUAGUCAUUAUGAGGAGGAAAUGGGAUCUUGUUCCAAUGGUGAGAACCUCUUCAGCUGUGUUAGUCCCCAAAGUAAGAAAACGAGCAAUCGCACUGAAGACAAAUGUUGGUGCUGCUCCGUAUGUGGGGAGUAUUUUAACUUUAAAUCAUAUCUUGUACACCAGAGAACCCAUAAAGCAGAGAAGCCAUAUUCUUGCUCAGAUUGCGGGAAAUGUUUUGCUAGAAAACCAGACUUUCUUACACAUCAGAGAACUCACACAGGAGAGAAGCCGUAUUUGUGCCCCGACUGUGGGAAAAGUUUUUCCCGGAAAUCAAACUUCCAUUCACACCAGAAAACUCACACAGGAGAUAAACCCUUUACCUGCUUAGAAUGUGGGAAAGGCUUUACCAGAAAAGCAAACUUUCUUAUACAUCAGAGAAUUCACGCAGGAGAAAAGCCCUUUUUUUGCGCUGAAUGUGGGAAAUGUUUUACCAGCAGAGCAAACUUUGUUUCUCACCAGAGGACUCACACCGGAGACAGACCCUUUUCUUGCUCUGAAUGUGGCAAAGGUUUUGGCCGCAAAUCUCAGCUUGACUUACACCAGAGACGUCACACGGGAGAGAGGCCGUAUCCCUGCCCAGAGUGUGGGAAGUGUUUCAGCAGUAAUUCAGAGCUUGCUAGACAUCGGAAAGUCCAUGCAGUAGAAAGUCCUUAUGCUUGUUCUGAAUGUGGGAAAUGUUUUGCCAAAAAGUCAGUCUUCGUUGCCCAUCAGAAAAUCCACACCGGAGAGAGGCCGUAUCCUUGUACUGAGUGUGGGAAAUGUUUCAAACAGAAAUCGCAACUCAACAGGCACAUUAGAAGCCACACGGGGGAGAGGCCGUAUUCCUGCUCCGAGUGCGGGAAGACUUUUACUAGCAGUGGAAACCUUCUUAUACACCGGAGAAUUCACACUGGAGAGAAGACGUACUCCUGCCCCGAAUGCGGCAAGUGUUUUUACCAAAAAUCGCAGCUUAAUACGCACCUCAGAAUGCACAGGGGAGAUCGACCGUAUUCCUGCUCCGAAUGCGGGAAAUGUUUUACUAGCCGAGCCAAUGUGCUUAUGCAUCAAAGGACUCACACCGGAGAGAAGCUCUACGGUUGCGAAGAGUGUGGCAAGUAUUUUACCAGGAAGGCCAACCUUUCCACGCACCAGAGAUCCCACACGGGAGUGAAGCCAUAUUCCUGCUCUGAGUGCGGGAAGAGCUUUACUAGGAGAACUAAUUUCAUUACACACCAGAGAAUUCACGCUGGCGAGAAACCGUUUUCUUGUCCCGAUUGUGAGAAAUGUUUUACCAGUCGGGCAAAUUUACUUUCACAUCAGAGAAGACACACGGGUGAGAAGCCACAUCCGUGCGCUGAAUGCGGUAGGUGCUUUAGGCAUAAGUCACAGCUUACUGUGCACCAGAGAAGUCACACGGGAGAGAGGCCGUACCCGUGCCUAGAGUGUGGGAGAUGCUUCAGCAGUAACUGGGAACUUGUUAGUCACCAGAGAACUCACACGGGAGAGAGGCCUUACCGGUGCCUAGAGUGUGCGAGAUGCUUUAGCAGUAACGCGCAACUUGUUAGACACCAGAGAAGUCACACGGGAGAGAGUCCACACCGGUGCCUAGAGUGUGGGAGAUGCUUCAGCAGUAACUCGCAACUUGUUAGUCACCAGAGAACUCACACAGGGGAGAGGCCAUACCGGUGCCUAGAGUGUGCGAAAUGCUUUAGCAGUAGCUCAGAACUUGUUAGACACCAGAGAAGUCACUUGGGAGGGAGGCCACACCGGUGCCUAGAGUGUGGGAGAUGCUUCAGAAGUAACUCAGAACUUGUUGGACACCAGAGAAGUCACACGGGAGAGAAGCCAUACCGGUGCAUAGAGUGUGGGAGACGCCUUAGUAGUAGCUCUGAACUCUUUAGUCACCAGAGAAGUCACAUGGGAGAGAGGCCAUAUUCCUGUGCUGAGUGUGGGAAAUGCUUCACAAGGAAGGUGAUUUAUAUAAUGCAUCAAAGAGCUCACACAGGGGAGAAACCAUUCCUCUGCUCAGAGUGUGGGAAACGUUUCGCUAGAAAAUCAAUAUUUCUCAUGCAUCGGAGGAUCCACAAAGGAGAGAAGUUGUAUUCAUGCUCCAAGUGUGGGAAGCGCUUCAAGCAGAAAUCACAGCUUAAUGCACAUCGGAGAAGUCACGGGGAAGUCAUGUAUCCUUGCUCUGAGUGUGGGAAACGUUUUAGGAGCAACUUGCGACGUGUCAGACACGAAAGAAGUCACACUGGGGAGAUACUAAAAUUCAUUCUCUGAAUGUGGAAAUACUUUUAUUAGGAAAACAUUUCUUUAUUAUGCAUCAGAGAAUUCAAAUGGGAGACAGACUAUGGGGCUAAUUCUUAGUCGUGGACAGCUACUUCCUUAUGCUAAUGCAAGAUUCCUUUUGGAUAAUGAGCAGGAUCGUGUGCGUGCAAGCGGAAACAAGUGCCGGCUGCAACAAUAAUCUUCAUUAGUACCUGCACUUGCACCAGCCACACACCAGUGCAAGAGAUCCAUGAGAACCAGGCUGCCCUUCCCCGUACCACGACUCAGAAUCACCCCCCCCCCCCCCCCCACCACCACCACCACCACACACACACCUAUCCCAGUUUCCACCCCAAAUUGCCCUAUUCUAUGGAAGGAAAUCCAGCCAAGUUGUGUCCGACUCGAAAUAGGAUGGGCAUUCGCAAAAAUGAAUACUGUGCAGAUGCAUAAAUUUGGCAUUGUCAAAAUCUCAAUGCGACACAGAACAAAAGAGUAUAUAGCCUUGUCCGGUAUCCGGUCUUUAGGUUGACAGUAAAAAGGUCAAGCACGGUCUGUCGACAUGGUCAAAUGGCCGACACAUCAUAUGGUUGACAUGAGUAUUUCAAAAUUGUCAUUCAUUUGUAUAACUUUUUCAUCCUUUAUCAUCCACAUGGACUAUGAAAUUGAAUGGUGCCAAGCGCACCCGUAGCGGAAUGAGGCACCUAGCGGAGUGAGCCACCAUGUGUUAUGAGUUAAAAAUUGACACCCCAGAAACUUUAAAAAACUAACGUCGACCUUUUCAUAUGUCGACAAUUUUCACGUCGACCUUUUGCUCCUGUCAGCCUUUUUCUCAUGUCAAUCUUUUGCUGUUGACCUAGACACUGUUGACCUUUUUUACUGUCGACCUAAUGAACCAUACCACCUUUUUUUUUGUCAUUUUUUUUUUAUAUCCGAUAAAAAUAAAACCUUUUGUACUGUUAAUUUUUGUUUACAUUGUGGGGAAUGUGCGAUUUCAUCAUUCAGAACUUGAACACCAGAAAAGUCACAAUGGAGAGAAACUAAGGCCAAGUUCGGUGGCUGCACGGGAUGCCGACCAAACUCUGACUUUUUUUUUUUUUUAAAGGGGCAAUCAUGGCUUGUACAUCAUUGUCCCUUUAAAAAAAAGUCAGAGUUCAGCCGCCGAACUAGGAACUUCAUUACAUCCCACCCACGGUCUUUGUCUACACACACAUUUUGCUGCACACAAGAUCAGUCAUAGGCAACAUGAUUCAAUUUUGGGGCCACAUAGGGUGAUCUCCUAAUCUUCCAAAGGGCCACACGUUGCUCUAAACCUCAGUAGGAAGUUAAAUGAAUACAUUCGAUCAAUGAAAGCGAUAACCUAUCAGCAGGCAUUUGAAAAAGUGUUACAAGCGCUGACAAACAAACGUGACAGCAAAGCAGGAUGAAGCUGGGGACUUCAAGUGAGGUUCAGGGGAACUGCCUGGUGCCCAUCGCUGCACCCAAUAAUUCAUAGAGGGGAGCAUUAAUAUUGUAAUUAAUGUCACGUGUUUCCGAAGCAAUCGACAUCUUUUAGGGUAUCAUGUAGUUCACACAGGAGUGAGACCAAAUUCUUUUGCAGAAUAUGGCAAAUGUUUGGCUUGUACAGCUCUUGUAAGAUGUCAGCAAAAAGCAAUAUGCAUGAGAAAAUACACAAGUAGAAAGUUUGUUAGCUAAUGUAGAUGUGUAGCUUGCUGUCUGUCAUAUACUGAUGAAUAAAAUAACUUUACAUUGAAA